AUGCGCAUGCUUGCAUAUGGAGUAGUCGGGGAUGCUUGUGAUGAAUAUGUGAAAAUUGGAGAAACCACUACACUUGAGUGCACUCGUAUUUUUUGCAAAACAAUAAUUGCCUUGUUUCAAGAUGAAUACUUAAGACGACUAAAUGGGGAAGACUUGCAGAGGUUACUCCAAGUUGGACAAGAGCGUGGUUUUCCUAGAAUGAUUGGAAGUAUUGAUUGCAUGCACUGGGAGUGGAAGAAUUGUCCUAAGACUUGGCAAGGGAAGUUUACUAAUGGACACAAGGGCUCAACAACAAUUAUCCUCGAGGUAGUGGCAUCUUAUGAUUUGUGGAUAUGGCAUGCUUUUUUUGGCAUGCCCGGAACAUUGAACGAUAUUAAUGUAUUAGACAAGUCACCAAUUUUUGACGACAUUGAGUCUGGUGAAGCUCUUGCCGUGAACUUCAGUGUGAAUGGUCGACAAUACAAUUUUGCCUACUAUCUUGCUGAUGAAAUCUAUCCUAAAUGGCCCAUCUUUGUCCAAUCAAUUCAAAUACCCCAAGGAGACAAAGCGUAG